AGAUAAUUAAGCGUCUCACACUAUUAUAGUACUUAGUAGUCUACAGCAGUGGGCUUUGCUUAGGGAUAGUACACGCGCAACUAUGGCCAACGGCGGUGUGUUUGAACUAGAUCUCGACGAUGGUGAUUCCGUGUCGAUUGAUAGUAUGUCCGAGGAUGAGGCCGACUUCAUGGACUCUCCAAAUCUGCCAAACCAGUUAGAGGAUCUCGAUAUGCCGCCCAGAACAGAGGCUGGAUACUCUGUGACUGCGACGUCUUUAAUAGAUGCCUUGGGUAUGGAUAAGAAGGCGCCUCGGGAGAAGGUCGGUCCUACAUCGUUCGAAUUACUUAAAGUUCUGGGCCAAGGAGGGUACGGCAAGGUGUUUCUUGUUCGGAAAGUAACGGGUGCCCGCACGCAGGGCGAGUAUUUCGCCAUGAAAGUACUGAAGAAGGCGACCAUCGUCCGGAAACAGAAAGAUACAGAACACAUCAAGACCGAAAGGAGUGUUUUAGAGGAAGUCGUUCAUCCGUUCAUCGUAAACUUAAAAUAUGCGUUCCAGACCGGUGGCAAGCUCUACCUGAUAUUGCAGUACCUUCCGGGAGGGGAGCUUUUUACGUUCUUGGAGAAAGAAGGCGUGUUACUGGAAGACGUUGCAAGAUUCUACCUGGGAGAGAUUCUCUUGGCGCUUGGUCACUUACAUAGUCUCGGUAUUGUCUACCGAGAUCUCAAACCGGAGAACAUAAUAUUAGAUGAAUACGGACAUGCCGUACUCACUGAUUUUGGCCUGAGCAAAGAAGCCAUCACUGACACAGUGCGCACUCACACAUUCUGCGGUACAAUUGAAUAUAUGGCACCGGAGAUUCUGACAAGGCAAGGCCACGACAGAUCAGUAGACUGGUGGAGUCUGGGCGCUCUUAUGUAUGAUAUUCUGGUGGGAGUGCCUCCGUUUGUAUGUAAUGAUAGGAAGGGAACUAUGGAGAAGAUUUUGAAGGGUGUGCUGCGGACACCACCAUAUCUCUCGGACAAUGCCAAGGAUCUACUGAGGAAGCUGCUGCGACGGAAUACGAACAACAGACUGGGCUCGGGCCCAUCAGAUGUGGAGGAGAUUAAAGCGCACCCUUUCUUCGCUGGCGUGGAUUGGAAUGCAAUGUUACGGAGGGAGCUGGAGCCGCCCAUCAAGCCAUCAUUGCGCGAUCAAGAGGAUGUGAGUUACUUCGAUACACGAUUUACUUCUCAGCCCGCGGUCGAUUCGCCGUGCGAGGGCCAUUUAAGUCCGAGCCGGGGAGACGUGUUCCAAGGCUUCACAUAUGUCGCCCCAACUGUUCUCGAUGAGAUGUCAGCGCUUCAGCCGUCGUUUACACAAAGCAGACUUGGACGCAGUCGAGGGGGCAUGAGUGAUCUUUAGGAUUGAGAUCGCUUUUUAGUCAGUGACUGUUAAGUAAUUUUGAUCUAUGGAAGAAAGAAUCCAUUAAAGUUAGUAUUAAAAUCUUUGUUGUUCG